GAAGGAUGAGCAGCAGAAUGUCUGUCUUUGAUGUUGAUCAAUAAUUCUCGGGAUUCCUUCCCUUUUAUCCACCUCAUACGAUUACGAAUCCCUUCAGUUCUCUCAGAUCUCUUCUCUAUCAUCAUCCCCCUCUCAAACCACCUGUUCACCAGAUUCUUCACCAUGAGUGAAUUCGACUCCCGUUUCAUCCGCCGCCUGGUAGGGACCAAGGUCACCACCUUUCUCGAAUUCGACGCCCUGCAACAGCCGUCUGCUGUUUCUUCCUCCGCGUCUGCCGCCUCUCUCUCUGCGGCCCCACUUGGGGCUUCCCCACCCAGAAUCUCCCCGCUAGCCGCCUCGCCGUCGGCGGUCUCGCUCGCUACGGACUCUGCCGCAGCGGCCACGCUUAAUACGGCAACAUCCACAACGGCCCCUUCCAUUUCCUUGUCUGGUUCGCCCCCGCUAGAGAUUGGUUGCUCGUGGAUAAUCACGAAAAAGCUGUCAGAGAACGCUGUUCACCUCACACAGAAAGACGCUGAUAUGGGCUGUGGGCCACCUAUGGCAGUAGGUAAAUUUUUAUGCUAUCUAGAGGAGGACCCGACGCGAAUAGCCUUUAUGCGAAUCUAUUAUCAGAUUCCAAUCACUGGGACUGAGGACGCUGAUCUGGCCACACUAGCCCAACAAAUCCAACCUCCUCAAGUGUGUGGUGAACUUGAGGCGUUUAGGCUGCUAAUGAGUCAAGGGUGUAGCUCUGUCCCACGUUUCUAUGGCUACUGCGAAAAACAGCAAGGGGAGCAUGACCUUGUUCCUGGAGGCUUUGUCAAAUACGUUGUGUGGGAGAAGGUGCCUGGGGAGCCUCUUACAGCGGAAUUUUUCUGGAGCUUAGAUCUUGGGACACGAGAGGAUAUCCGUGUUCAUUUCCGUGCUGCCUUCGAAGAGAUGCUACGUUGUGGUGUAAAACCAGACAUGUCUAGAAUCUCCAAGAUUAUUUAUGAUCAGUCCACCGGCAAUGUUCUAGUCGCAUCUCAGGCUUCCGAAGAGGAUGGCCAAUCCGUGAUAAAUUGGAAUGGUCAGACACCCGUUAUGUCGAGUACAGGCUGGCCAAGCCACAUGACGACAGAGACUGGCCCUCUAACCCGCAGAAAUGGAAGUAUUAAAAAAUCAGCCGUGUUGUAGUUAGUGAGUCUCAGAAUGAGAUUGAAUCGCUUUUCCCCUUGAACGUCUUCUGCAACAAGGUGAGAUGCUUACGGGCGUUCUAUCUCGGACGCAACCAUGAGUGUUAGCAAGAAUCAAGUAAAAAGCCAAAGAUCUCUCUUCAGUUUUCCUCGCCGAUCGAGUUGAAUCACCGCGAUCUUAGCCAAGGAGACUUGUAGCAGCAAGC